GUGGCCUCUGCGCUCCGGUUCGGCGGCAGAGAGAAACCGGGCGAGCGGCAAGCGGCGUCGCCUUCCCCCCUUUCUCCGGCGCUCCUGCAGCCACUCCGUAGGACAGUUUAAUCUGGAUUCUGAAGCAAUGAGUACCUGUAAAAAGGCCAGGGCGGAAGCUACAUCUGUUGUGAGUUCAGACAGACUGAGCAGUCUACCUCCAGAGAUAAAGGGCAAUAUCCUCUCCCUUUUAAAUGUUGAAGAAGCAGUUAGGACUAGCACCUUAUCAAGUACUUGGAGGGAUGCAUGGGCUAAUUAAUAUGCCAGAAAUAUCUCUGCGUGAUGGAAAUUUUGCACGGACCAAGUUCGUUACGUUGGUCGAUAUGGUGCUAGCACUCCACAAGGGAACAAUAGAGGAGUUUGAUAUUUCAGGUAACAAAAAUUACCAUGAUGAGUUUGGUAGGUGGAUGAUCAUGCUGUCAAGGAGAUCACCAAAAUCAGUUAUAAUCAAGUUGAACUCAGGGCUAAGGUAUAAGAUUCCCUCGUGCCUCUUUUCUAUCGAUGAUCUGGAGUCUCUGCACCUAAAAAACUGCAUCAUCAGCUUGCCCCGGGCAUUCCAAGGUUUCAAGAGCCUAACUGACCUCAGCCUGAACAUUUUCUCCUCCACAGACCGGGACAUCCAAAAUCUGAUCUCGUUCUGCCCCAUACUGACUAAUUUGUCAUUAACUUCUUUUGAGGGCAUCCACUGUCUAAACAUUCAAUCUCCUAAACUGAAAUAUCUUUAUAUUGAUGGGGACUUUGAAGACAUUAGUUUGGAUGCCCCUAAUAUGGAGGUGACCCUUCUCUCUCUUGAUCCCAAAGCUAAAUCAUAUCAAUCUGUUCCGGUUGUGCAUGACAAGGAAAGCUAUGUCAAACAGUCAUUGGGAAGCCUAAGUGAAAUAAAAAAACUUGGAAUUUUUGGCACUUUCAUGAAGUAUCUAUCAAAGGGGUGUAUACUUACGAAGCUCCCUGCCGUGUUUACUCGCCUGGAGGAUAUUUAUCUUACGAUAUGCUUUUGCGACCAGAGGCAAGUCUUCACCACGUGUUCAUUGUUACAGAAUGCCCCUAACUUGAAGAAGCUUCACAUGUGGGCACGCAUGCCUCCAAGUGGCUCUUCAAGCACAUGGGAUCAGGAUCAGGCCAGCAUUCAAGAACUUACCCUGCAAAUGCAAAUGGACCAUCUCAUAAUUGCCAGUAUGAAAUGUUUCCAGGGUUUGGACUACGAGGUCAAUUUCGUGGCAAAGCUAUUGAGCUGCACACCUGCUUUGGAAGAAGUGAAAAUAGAGUGGAUGGGCGAAAUGGAUCGCAGCAUGGUUCUUACCAAGCUAUUAGCUCUGCCAAGGGUGUCUCCCAGGGCCAAGAUCAUUGUUACAUGAUAAGUCUGCUCCCUCAUCACUUUGCCGAUCUAAUUUUCUGCGGGUAGAAUUAUUUUGUCUUUGUUUAUGCAAAUGUACCAGCUAGACCUGGUGGUUAUAUAUGUGUGUGCACUGGAUGCAAAUCAUCAGGUAGCUGUAGUGUGUUCUGUUGAACAUUCGGUCUAUCAGCAAGUGUUUUCCAUAUGAAACGCCACAAACCACUGCUGUCGUUCUUCAAAUGCGUCAGUUCAGCUCGUCCUGUUUUGUGCAGGUGUUCUGUCUAUGAUCACAUUCCUGGUUGUAGCAAAUAUAUGUGUUCAUGAGAAGUGAUCACAUUUAGGAAGGCACCUUCAUGUUGUAUCAACAAGAAGUGAACCAAAGACAUCAGAUUGUACUUUCUGCAUGUGAUCAAAGUA